UCUGAAAUAGCGAUUGUGUUAAGUGUAUCGUUCUCACGAGAGCUAAGGCCAAUCCGGCGACGUACACUAUUAUUUCACAACAUCCACUCAAUACAAAUAAUUAAACAAACAAAAUGACAUCUACUGAUGAACUUGCCUGUGUCUAUGCCGCUCUUUUGUUGGCAGAUGACAAUGUUUCCAUCACUGCUGAAAAAAUUAGCACCGUUUUGAAGGCAGCUGGUGUUUUGGUAGAGCCUUAUUGGCCAUCACUCUUCUCUAAAGCCUUAGAUGGUGUAAAUGUUAAGGAAUUGAUCACCAACAUCGGAAGUGCUGCAGGUUCUGCACCUGCUGCUGCCCCAGCUGGAGGUGCCCCAGCAGCUGGUGGAGAAGCUAAGGCUGAAACCAAGAAAGAAGAAAAGAAGGAAGAAUCUGAGGAAUCCGAUGAUGACAUGGGAUUCGGUAUGUUUAACUAUUCUCAUCUUUUGGGGAGUCCACACUAUUUUAUCCUUUAGCAGAGAGCUCAUUUCAUAUGCAGCGCCAUGAAUUUUGUCAGCUUAAGCUUUGAGUUUGUAUUUUUUUGAUGUUUUAUUCCUUAAUUUAUUGUAUUUAACUGGACUUUUAUUCUUUUUCAGGUCUCUUCGACUAAACUUAACAUUCUUGGUGCUUAAAAAAUAAAAUUAAGAAAUAGUC